AGACGGGGGUUAUCGCUGCGCAAAAGUGGCUGGUCAGUACAAGUCACAGGUAAAACGCAUCAUGAAAGUUCUUUCAGAAGAUUUCCCUCAAGCAGCAAAUGAAAUAGAUCUUGUUACUGUCGAGGGGCAUGACGGAGUGGUAAUGUUGAGGAAGUGGUUGGGUCAACUAUCUGAGGAGUAUCAACCUGGAACCAUUAGAUCAUACCUAAUGAGCCUUAGGCUAUUCCUUAAAUUCCUUGUGCAAGAAGAGAAAGGGCAAGAUAGAUUAGACACACUUCAUGCAAGGAGAGAUCUUUUAACUUCGUGGUCAUCUGCUCAAAGAAAGAAGGUGCUGAAAAGGAAAUUAGAGAAACAUGACAUGGACUUUGCAAAACUCCUUUCUAGCGAAGAUCUAUAUAAAGUGUCAAAUGGACAACAGCGAAUAAACAUAAUUAAAGCGCUUGGAACAGCUGCGGAGAAAAGCAAAGCUUGUGGAGAACCUGUGCUGGUCAACGAUCAGACCUUUUGCGAAGUAAGGGAUUGGCUGAUUACAAGAUUAAUAAUUGACAACUCCGGAAGAAGUGGUAUUGCAGCAAAUAUAACAGUGGAGGAAUUCAAAGAUGCUAAACUGUACGCUGGAGAAGAAGAUGGAGAGAGAUACCGCGUAUCAGUUAAGAAUCACAAGACAGGAGGUGUUUAUGGGGCAGCCAUUGUAUGGUUUCAUGCUGAUGUUUACAAUCUGGUGAAUACGUAUAUCUCAAGGGUGAGGCCUAAGUACGUCAAAGAUGCCACAGAUAACAUGUUCGUUUCAACCAAUGGCGUUAAACUUACUUCAUCGCAAGUAUCCACGUGUCUGACUCGUACAUUUCAAAGGGAGGGUGUGAAGUUUCACGGUCGCAUCUCCGCAACCUUGAUAAGAAAAUCUCUGGCAUCAGGAGUGCAUGUCCAUUUGCCUGAAGAUCAAGAACAACUGGCUGCCCUUGCACAGCACAAACCUCAAACACAAGCUCAAUAUUACCGCAUCAAUGACAAAGUUAGAGAAACAGAUAUUGGGCGUCGUGCUGUCAGAAAAUUUAUCACCAUGAACUGCGCAAAGACAGAGGUAAGUACUCUUAUAAUGCAUACCAAUCGUAGUAAUUUGAAUAACAAUUGGCAUACGAAUUCUGAUUUCUUUUAGGUAUCAAUAAUUCCUGUCGAGUGGACCGAGGAAGAGACCUCAAAACUUCAAGAUUUAUUCAAGUCUGAAAUUGAGACUGGUAACAUAACUGAAAACAUUGUCAGAGAUAAACUUGGUGCUUCCAACCUGUUGGAAACACACUCCAUGAAGGCAAUUGUGUUGAAAGUGAGAAGGCUUCGAUCAGAAUUUACCAAAAACUUAGAACCACCAACUGAAGUUGAGUCUCCUGAACAGAAGAUAGAACGGUUUAUGUCUUCCAGAGCUCCAUCCAUCGCAUCUGAAUCUGCAAAGCCAUCAUGGAGUAAGUUCACCGAUGAACAAACAGACCAUCUCCUAUCGUUAACUCAGGAUAUGAUUGAAAACAACGCAGUAAAAAGAGAGGUCGUUUGGGAACGGGUGAUAAAUGAUGAGAAAGCAUGGAAAACCGGGUUGGUCUUCGGAACCGAUGAUGAGGAGCUUCUUUUGAGGCAAAAACAACGUUUGGCGGACAAGGUACGAAAAGAAGUCAAACGUCAAAAGAUGAAGAGAAAGUAGUAGUUUGAUCCUGUGGUUCUUGCAUUAUAUUUGAACAUUAGUUGACAUUGAACAUUUCUUGUCUUUAUGUAUUCAGGGUUACAACAUAAUUGAGUCCUAUAUUGUUAACAUGUUAUUUUCUUUAACCGUUUGCCAGUCAUUUUAUGGUUGAUCGUUUUAUUUCAAGUAAGUCAAUAUUCCCUAAAAAGGCCGAUUUACACAAUGCAAUUUCUUCGUGUGUUAAGGUUCGAACGACAAGUCAUAGGGUCGUGUACGACCUGACGAAUGACCGUUUAUAUGGUAUGAUUCGGGUCACAUGCAUCAAGUCAUAUACUACAAUCGCAUCGUGGAAAUCGGCCUUAAGAGUCAUAUACUACAAUCGCAUCGUGGAAAUCGGCC